AUGGCGUUUUGGAGAGCACUCGCCUUCUCUGCGGUUCUUCUGCUUCUCAUCCAUGGCUCUCGCUGCUUUUACCUCCCCGGCGUCGCUCCUCAGGACUUCCAGAAGGGAGAUCCAUUGCAAGUGAAAGUAAAUAAAUUAACAUCGACAAAGACCCAGCUUCCAUAUUCAUAUUAUUCACUUCCUUAUUGUGCCCCACCAAAAAUACAGGAUAGUGCAGAAAAUCUUGGAGAAGUGCUUCGUGGUGACCGCAUUGAAAAUUCUCUUUAUGUGUUUAAAAUGCGUGAACCACAAAUGUGCAAUAUUGUGUGUAAUAUUAAACUUGAUGCUAAAACUGCUAAGGAGUUCAAAGAGAAGAUCAGUGAUGAGUAUCGGGUGAACAUGAUCCUUGAUAAUCUUCCUCUAGUUGUUCCCUUGAAACGAAAUGAUCAGGAUUCUACUGUUUAUCAGCUUGGUUUCCAUGUUGGACUCAAAGGGCAGUAUAGUGGGAGCAAGGAGGAGAAGUAUUUUAUUCACAACCAUUUGGCAUUUACUGUCAAGUACCAUAAAGAUGUGCUAACUGAAUCUGCGAGAAUUGUGGGCUUUGAGGUUAAGCCAUUCAGUGUUAAACAUGGAUACGAAGGUAAAUGGGAAGGCAAAACAACUCGUUUGACAACCUGUGACCCUCAUGCUAAACAUACUGUUGUCAACUCCAACUCUCCGCAAGAGGUUGAAGAAGGCAACGAAAUUAUCUUCACAUAUGAUGUUGAAUUCCAGGCGAGUGAUGUGAAGUGGGCUUCAAGAUGGGAUGCCUAUUUGCUAAUGAAUGAUGAUCAAAUCCACUGGUUCUCAAUUGUUAACUCAUUAAUGAUUGUUCUCUUCCUUUCGGGUAUGGUGGCAAUGAUAAUGCUUCGCACAUUGUACCGAGACAUUGCGAAGUACAAUGAGCUUGAGACCCAAGAAGAAGCCCAGGAGGAGACUGGUUGGAAGCUUGUCCAUGGUGAUGUAUUUAGGCCCCCUACCAACUCAGAUUUGCUGUGUGUUUAUGUCGGAACUGGUGUUCAGUUUUUUGGCAUGAUGCUGGUAACCAUGAUGUUUGCUGUCCUGGGAUUCCUUUCACCUUCAAACCGAGGUGGGCUGAUGACAGCCAUGCUCUUGCUUUGGGUAUUCAUGGGAAUAUUUGCUGGUUACUCAUCAACUCGCUUGUACAAAAUGUUUAAAGGAUCAGAGUGGAAAAAAGUUGCCCUCAGGACUGCAACCAUGUUUCCUGCAGUUGUCUCUGCCAUUUUCUUUGUUUUAAAUGCUCUUAUCUGGGGUCAAAAAUCAUCUGGAGCUGUGCCAUUUGGUACAAUGUUUGCUCUGAUCUUUUUAUGGUUUGGGAUCUCGGUUCCACUUGUUUUUGUGGGUAGCUAUGUAGGAUUCAAGAAGCCUGCUAUUGAGAAUCCUGUGAAAACGAAUAAGAUCCCAAGGCAGAUCCCUGAGCAGGCAUGGUACAUGAACCCAGUUUUCUCAGUUCUGAUUGGUGGAAUACUCCCAUUUGGAGCUGUUUUCAUUGAGCUUUUCUUCAUCCUCACCUCAAUCUGGUUGAAUCAGUUUUACUACAUUUUCGGAUUCCUCUUUUUGGUCUUCAUCAUCCUCAUUGUGACUUGUGCUGAAAUAACCAUUGUGCUCUGCUACUUCCAGUUAUGCAGUGAGGAUUACUUGUGGUGGUGGCGGUCAUAUCUUACCUCUGGUUCCUCUGCACUUUACCUCUUUCUUUAUGCAACUUUCUACUUCUUCACCAAGCUUGAAAUCACAAAGUUGGUAUCUGCAAUAUUUUACUUUGGGUACAUGCUGAUAGCUUCUUAUGCAUUUUUUGUCGUGACUGGUACCAUCGGAUUCUAUGCUUGCUUUUGGUUCACUAGGCUCAUCUACUCCUCAGUCAAAAUUGAUUAG